UCCAGUCUCUGUUGCGCUUUCCUCACCUGGUGCCAGAUGUUUGUGGACCGGGUGAGGCCAGUUGCGAUGUGAACACCAAGGAACUUGGUCAUAUCGAGUGCUCCGAUUUAUAGGAGAUCCAGUGUCAGCUCCUUGGUUUUGGUUGUGUUCAGGGCCAGGUUAUUGUCGUUAUGGCGUCGUCAAAGGUGCUGGCUGUUGGCUGAUCCCUUUAGCCUUAAUCAGCCCCGCAAUGGUGGUGUUGGCAGAGGGGACUGAGGACUCAGCCCUGUGGUACACCUGUCAGGUUGAGGGGGAGGUGUUGCGCUGCCCCAUCCCGAUGUUUUGGAGUCUGUUGCUGAUGAGGUUUCUCCACGGUGGCCAAGAAGUGCAAAACAAAUUACAAUUACACCACCCGGCAGGGGAGUGUACCAAAUCCCAGAGUUACAGGAAGUGAUGUUUGGACCAAUCAGCUCAGAGGAGUUGGUACAUUCCUUUUCCGGUUAAUGUUGGUGGCAGAGAAGUGCAAGACACUUUAGCAAAAACUAAAACAAAUUACAAUUACACCACCCGGGAGGGGAUUGUACCACACCAGUCAGACAGGAAGCGGUAACAUUUAGAGUUGUGGUGGGUGUUAAUGGAGGACCUUGGCAUCACGUUUUGCCCGUUUUGUGGCACACACGAGCUGCUUGACGUGAUUUUGUUUCACAUGUGGCCGAUUGUUGGAGUUAAAUGGUACUGACCAAGCGGCCUAGCCUAGCUCACAACCGCACAUAGGAUUUAUUAUUUUUGGCUCAUGGUGAACGUACUUGUGGUGACCAUAAAGGAGUAAGACCACCACUUACUCCACGUACUGCAAGUGGAACGUGCACUAAACCUGAGGCUACUCGUACGUACAUCUGUGGCUUCAUUCGUACGGCCGAUGCACGUACGCAAGGUCAACGUUCGUCAAACUUGCAAUAAAAGUACUGACCUUAGGUUCCAUGCGGGCUUCGUGUGAAGGUCGUAAAAGCUCCGCACGAGCUGUACGUUGUGCGUACCAAUCAUGUGAGAUGCGUACCGGAAACAUGAUUGGUUUUGCACAUGCGCGAGACCUACUGUACGUCACUUCCUCCACUUGCAGUUUUUUUACGACAGAGCUUCUGUGAUGUCACGUGGCGUGAUCUAGUUUUUUCAAAUCCGAGGCCAUGGUUCUCAGUUGGAAAAGGGUGGAUUGCACCCUCCGGGUUGGGAAUGAGGUCCUGCCCCAGGUGGAGGAGUUCAAGUGUCUCAGGUCUUGUUCACAAGUGAGGGAAGGUUGGAGCGUGAGGUCGACAGGUGGAUCAGCGCAGCGUCUGCAGUAAUGCGGUCGCUGUACCGGACCAUCGUGGUGAAGAGAGAGCUGAGCCGGAAAGCAAAGAUCUCAAUUUAGUGCGUAAGUUUGUUUUGCCACCUGAGAGUCUUGCGCCUGUAGAGUUUGUCUGACAUGACAGAGAAACUCUGCGGCCAGUCUACAACUCGGAAAAUCAGAACGUCAUACACGCACCCUCCGUGCGUUUCUUGCAUUUUAGCACGUAGACCGGCCGUAGGAGCCCGUACGAUUGGUUGUGAUCUAGCCUUUACUCUUGCAAAAAAAGCGCGGCUGCCAGGAGCAGGAGGGAGGUCUAAACUCCAAAUUAGGAGAAAGUUCUGGGAAUCCACAUCGUUAUCGUUUGGUCUUCUGUCUUGUCUUGUUUCCCAAUAUUCCACGACACCCCCCAUCAUCUUGGACUGCUGGUAUGUUUGGAAGGUGAUGACUUAAAUGUGCAGGAUAUACUCUACACUAAUUCUGUGUGUUUUUGGCAGCCGAGUGGGAGCCCAUCAUGACUGGUCACUCGUUCGUCUUGGGGGAACCCGUGCAUUUUGUAGCAGAGACUGGAACCCUGCUGCCAGGCGAGAGGCUCUAUGUUGACUCGUGCUACGUGACCAACUCCAAAGACCCAAAGGCCAUGACCAGAGUGGAUAUCAUCACCAAUUACGGCUGUAUGACGGACAGCUCGAGGGUUGCGAGCUCCUCCUACUUCUGGUCAAGGAAGGCUAACAUGCUCAAGUUUUCAAUCGAUGCCUUUCUCUUCAGAGAACUUUCACAGGUGCUGUACCUCCACUGUUCAGUGUCAGUCGGUGUCACCACUUCCCCCACCGCCAAGUCGUGUAACUACAACAAAGCCACUGGCAGGUGGGAGGAGCUGGAGGCACCACCCUCAAUAUGCUCCUGCUGUGAUUCCGCAUGUGGUGACCUGCAGGAUGCUGUGAAGAACAUAGUCAGCAGUCCUGGCUGGCUCACUCGCCGAAACCGUGAAGGGAGGCCAAGCAUGAAGGAGAGAUCCUUUCAGUCAGAGGAGGGGGGGCAAUGGAUCGACCAGGAAGAGAAAAUAAAACCCAAAGACACUUCCCCAGUGGAGACAGAGACGGACCAUAAGAAGACGGUGGAGGUUUCUGAUGCCACCGAUGCUUGUAUGAACGUCUCGUGCAGUGCCAACAGUUCACUCGAUCCACACAAUUCCAGCUUUGCUGGUCGUCUUGGGUCUGCUGAGAACGUGACCACAAACGUGAUCCCCGUGACUGAACCGUGCUUAAAUGGUGUUAACAACAGUUGCCCAGCCACAGAUGGUACACUCAAGGGCACAAGAAGUCACAACGAAACUGAAAGGCAGUCUUCUGGGUCUGUGGGGAGUCCACUUGUGUUCCAUACGUUAAAAUCUACUGAUGGAAUCUUGGACAGACAAUUGGAAAGGCAAACGGGCGAUUACGCUAGCAGUGAAGGACUUGACAGAGUGGAACACAUGCUUCAAAGUCGACAGAUCAGAGGGUUGGAUUUGGACCAAUUUGCCCAAUUCAGAGGCCCAAUGUGUGUGGAAGGGUCCCUUGACGGGUCUAAUUGUAACUCUGGAGUUGAAGGAGGUGAAGCUCUCCGUCACGGUCAGUUUGCUGUAGUAGUCAACACACGUAAAGAAUCGGAUCAGUACUCGGGUGUCGGGCCAGACCGUGUUGUUUCAGAGGAAGUGCUUGACGAGCCCCAACACGCUGCUGCGAUGAUAGUUACGAGUACAAGCCACACGUCACAUGACCACGGGUGGGGCUCGCAAAGUUUGGACUUUACCAACUUGGACUUGACCAUGCGCAACAUCUAGGGAAAUGCAAACAAUGCAUACAUUCUUUGCACUUCUGAAAACACAUUCGACGCCAGGAAGUUGUGUUGUGUAAAGCAAUCCUCCACCAAUAAAUCCCUCCCUAAUUCUGUUUUAUAUAUUUCUUUUAAUUCUGCAAGUUGACCCUGAAGUCUGAACUGAUAUGCAGCAUAUCCACAUACCUGUAACACACAGUGGCGCCAAAAAGUGUUUGCCACCUUCCUGAUUUCUUCUUGUUUUCAUGUUUGUCACACUUAAACGUUUCAGAUCAUCAAACAAAUGUAAAUAUUAGUCAAGGACAACGCAACGCAACACUUUAUGCAGCUUUUAAAUGAAACUUUUCAUUAAGUGAGAAAAAAAAUCCAAAGCUACAUGGCCCUGUGUGGGGGAAAAGUAAGAUCAGGACUUUGGCAGUCAUCCCCUUUGAUGAUUUAAAACAUGACUGAAACUUCUUUCCUAGGCGCAUUGAUUGGGAUGGCUGUCUUCCAGCACAAGACUUGUGCUCCAGUCCUCAGGUAAAAAAUACUGACCGCAAACGAGCAUCUUGUUGAGUCUUGGUGGCCAAAUUGAGAGCCAGUAGUAUCCACUCUUCCGUCUGUCCCGAUGCAGUGGUUUGAGGUGUUGUUAGUCCGCCACAUAAAUACUACUGAUACUUUUAGCUGCUACAAUAACAAUAUCGCUGUAGCUUGGUUAAAGGUCAGUUAUGGAAAUGGAACACUGUUGGCGUUUUUUGAGGUUUUUUUAGGGCUUUAUCGUAAUAGGUGCCUCCUGUGACGUGUAAUGUUAGCUAGCUCAUGCUAACUCCUUUUCUUUCAUGAGAACGCACAGAAAAGGGAAAGAAAUGUGUUCAUGUUUCACAUAAGGAUUGUGGAUGAUGGGCAAAAUUACAAAAAAGUGCACUUUUCUUUUCAGUUUCUUUCUUCAGGAGUGUGUUACACAUAGAAACACACGUCAUACGACAUACGUCAGGAUGGCCCCCCACCACCUGCACAUGCUAAAACGGACACCUGACCUGAGGUUGGGACUUGGAGGACUCGCUCCUGUACCCGUGUGGAAGACGAGUCCCCGCCGCUGUGUGUCAUUCUUCUGGGUACAUUUCACGAAAGCUGUUUACUUUGGAAAAGCUCAUGAAAACACAUUUCCACAAGCUUAGCAUGUGACGAGCUGUCGUCAACUAUUUUUCAUUCUCACGAUAAGGAAUGAAGAAGUGAACGUCAACACAAUACCGGUCGCAUACUUUUAUCUCGUCACACAUAUGCAAGUGCCAACAGGGCAGAUGGGUGAUCCUGGUGCAUUUUUAUGAUAUUCUAAAUUGUUUUCAAACAAAUUGUGGUUAAUAUGUGCAUAAAUAAUAAGCUAUAUAUGUAUCUAUGUAGCAUAUACAGUAUAUCCAUUCAUACGACACACUACAGGUCAAUAGUUUUGGAACUAUUGGGGACAAAGUGUUAAGAUGGUCUGUCUCUCUUCCAUUGUUCAUUCUUUUUUUCUCACCAUUUUUGUAGCAACAAAUGACUUUCUCCAGGACAAUGCUGUUCAACUAAUGUUGACGAGGGUAUAGUACCACAGUGUGUCCUUAUGCAGACAGAGGAGGUAGUAAGUUCUCCAGAAUGUGGAACACCUGCAGGAAUGAGUGGCACCAACUGCCAAGGCUUGAUUUGAUCAUCCUCCAUUUCUGCACAACAGCUUUAAAUUGUUGACCCAUUUUGUGGUCCCUGAAACAGUCUCAUUGUGAAAUACACAUUUUUCACUUUUGGCUAACCUUACCUUUUUUUUUUUAACCUCUGCCACUUCAACCACUUACCUUUGUACCACUCAAGCUAUUCAUUGGACUUGAACCACUUGAAUUUCAAUAAAUAACUGGAAAAAUUGGGGUGUUCUAAAACUUACAUAAAA